ACAGCUCUGGGGAGAGAGAUUGCGCAUGUUGGUCAGCCGUGUUUUAAAGAGUACAGUGCGGGGAGGCUGAGAGGGGCGCAUGCAACAACUUUUGGAAGGAUGGAAGAAAAGAGGCGAAAAUACUCCAUCAGCAGCGACAACUCUGAUAUCACUGACGGUCACGUGACGUCCACAUCAGCAUCAAGAUGUUCCAAACUGCCCAGCAGCACCAAGUCGGGCUGGCCCCGGCAGAACGAAAAGAAGCCCUCAGAGGUUUUCCGGACAGACUUGAUCACAGCCAUGAAGAUCCCAGAUUCAUACCAGCUCAGCCCGGAUGACUACUAUAUCCUGGCGGACCCAUGGAGGCAGGAAUGGGAGAAAGGCGUGCAGGUACCUGCUGGAGCGGAGGCCAUUCCAGAGCCCGUGGUGAGGAUCCUCCCACCACUGAAAGGCCCCCACACGCAGAUGUCCCCGGAUAGCCCCACACUUGGUGAGGGUGCCCAUCCUGACUGGCCAGGAGGCAGCCGCUAUGACCUGGACGAGAUUGAUGCGUACUGGUUGGAACUUCUCAACUUGGAGCUCAAGGAGAUGGAGAAACCCGAGCUGGAUGAGCUGACGUUAGAGCGUGUUCUAGAGGAGCUGGAGACGUUGUGCCACCAGAAUAUGGCCCAGGCCAUUGAGACACAGGAGGGGCUGGGCAUCGAGUAUGAUGAGGAUGUCGUCUGUGAUGUGUGCCGCUCCCCUGAAGGCGAGGAUGGCAAUGAGAUGGUGUUCUGUGACAAAUGCAAUGUCUGUGUGCACCAGGCGUGCUAUGGGAUCCUCAAGGUGCCCACGGGCAGCUGGCUGUGCCGGACCUGUGCCCUGGGAGUCCAGCCUAAGUGCCUGCUCUGCCCCAAGCGUGGAGGAGCCUUGAAGCCCACCAGAAGUGGGACCAAGUGGGUACACGUCAGCUGUGCCCUGUGGAUUCCUGAGGUCAGCAUUGGCUGUCCAGAGAAGAUGGAGCCCAUUACUAAAAUCUCUCAUAUUCCGGCCAGCCGUUGGGCCCUGUCCUGCAGCCUCUGCAAGGAGUGCACAGGUACCUGCAUCCAGUGUUCCAUGCCUUCCUGUAUCACAGCAUUCCAUGUAACGUGCGCCUUUGACCGAGGCCUGGAAAUGCGGACUAUAUUAGCCGACAAUGAUGAGGUCAAGUUCAAGUCACUUUGCCAGGAGCACAGUGAUGGGGGCCCUCGAAGUGAGUCUACUUCUGAACCCGCGGAGCCCAGCCAGGCCAUUGAGGAUCUGGAAAAGGUGACCCUUCGCAAGCAGAGGCUUCAGCAGCUAGAAGAGAACUUCUAUGAGCUGGUAGAGCCAGCUGAGGUGGCUGAACGGCUAGACCUGGCUGAGGCCCUGGUGGACUUCAUUUACCAAUACUGGAAGCUCAAGAGGAGAGCUAAUGCCAAUCAGCCGUUGUUGACACCCAAGACUGACGAGGUGGACAACCUGGCCCAACAGGAACAGGAUGUCCUCUAUCGACGCCUGAAGCUUUUCACCCACCUGCGGCAGGACCUGGAGAGGGUGAGGAACCUGUGCUACAUGGUGACGAGGCGGGAGAGAACGAAGCACGCCAUCUGUAAGCUUCAGGAACAGAUAUUCCAUCUGCAGAUGAAACUGAUUGAGCAAGACCUUUGCAGAGAGCCUUCUGGGAGGAGGUCAAAGGGCAAGAAGACUGACUCAAAAAGGAAGGGCCGAGAAGGCCCCAAGGGCAGCAGUCCUGAGAAGAAAGAGAAAGGGAAGGCUGGCCCGGAGUCCGUUCUGGGGCAGCUAGGUCUGUCCACCUCAUUCCCCAUCGACGGCACUUUCUUCAACAGCUGGUUGGCACAGUCGGUUCAGAUCACAGCCGAGGACAUGGCCAUGAGCGAGUGGUCUUUGAACAGUGGGCACCGGGAGGAUCCUGCUCCAGGUUUGCUGUCAGAAGAACUGCUACAAGAUGAGGAGACGUUACUCAGCUUCAUGAGGGAUCCCUCGCUGCGACCCGGUGACCCUGCCAGGAAGGCCCGAGGCCGCACUCGCCUGCCUGCCAAGAAGAAACCACCCCCGCUGCAGGAUGGGCCCAGUGCACGGACCACUCCAGACAAGCCACCCAGGAAGGCCUGGGCCCAGGAUGGCAAGGGCACGCAAGGACCACCCACGAGGAAGCCACCACGGAGGACGUCUUCUCACUUGCCGUCCAGCCCUGCAGCUGGAGACUGCCCAGUCCCAGCAGCACUGGAAAGUCCUCCAACACUGGCCUCCGAGAUCCUGGAUGAGACAGCCCCCGUGGCUUCCGACUUGAAUGUCCAAGUGCCUGGCCCUACAGUGAGCCCCAAACCCUCGAGCAGGCUCCGGCCACCCCGAGAGAUGAAGCCAGAUCUUCUCCAGCCAGAACCUUGCAAAAGUCCAGUGAACCAGUCGAAUCAUUCUGAGAAUGCCAAAGAAUCUUUUGACCAUAAUAUACAGCACAGCCCGGACCUGACAACUGUUGUCGACUUGAACUUCCUUUUCAAAGGAAUUGGUUAGCAACAAAGUUCAGAGACUUGGUUAUUGCACACACCUACAGAGAAGGGCCCAAGGCCUCGGGGGAAGGCUGCGCUGCUGCUGCUGCUGCUGCCGCUGCCACCGCCGCUGCCACUGCUGCUGCUGUUGUUGGUUUACGGUCCCUGGGCUGAGCCGCUGUGAGUGUGGUCCUAAACUUUGAGGACUCCCUCCCCCUUUUGAGGGGGGGAGAAUCCUGACUGUGAAUCCAGCGUGGUUCCCCCAUAGCCACCACAUAGAUACACAAAGAGCGAAUACACAGGACCUUUACCCACCUUGACUCCAAAACUAUCAAGGUACGACAGUGAGUUUGAGCAAAAUCAGAAACAAAGAUAAUGACUUCAGUUAGGUGAUUGGACCAAUGUGUCUUAUACAAAUGGACUCCAAUGGCGUGGGGUGGGCUCCAAGGAUCCUGGGCAUCCAGAUGGCAUCAGCUACCACAUAGACUUAGUGUGCCUGCCCGUCUUGGUAAUAGUGACAGCUCAACGUCAAGCGUCAUCCCCACCCUGUCUCUUGUUCACUGCCUUUCAACGGACCUUCCUUACCCCUGUGCUUUGGGUCACUUUGGGUCACAAUGUCAUCUGCUAGACUACCUGGUGAUCUGACCUGCGGGACACGAAGGGCAUGGGGGCUUAAAGAACAACCAAACGCUGCAGGGGAAGGAAGGGAAUGUCCCUGACCACUCUGUCCAACAAGGCUCUGCCACAGAAGCCCAGUCUGGGAUAAUGGCUGGCUGGUUAGCAGACCCCGUCAGUAGGCCAAGCCCCAUGCCAGUCUUCAUCCAGCAGCUGUCUCCGCUUGUAAGGUGUCCAUCAGGCUGCAGGGAGGAUGAGGGUGUCCCAUCGCCUCUCUUUAGUUCCAGGCCACACUGUCUGUGCUGGAGAUGGCUUUGCCACACUGUGACCAAGGCACCUUUUCCAGACCAGAGGCAGUGCCCACUCUUGCCCUCAUCCACAACCCCUCCCUAGGAAGGGAGAAAGGACUCUGUGACUCGUGCUGGCUAACGUAUCCCUUCCACCUCAUUUCCUCAUCACAGGACACAGGCUAAUGUGCAAGGAAAGUAUUUUUCUGUAUCAUAAGUGUAUUUUGAAACAAGGAAAGAUAGAAUACUCACUUACUUUAUUAAAUGGGCUCUGACUUUGUGAAAGGCAAGAGGGGUCUUUGCAGUGCAAGGGCCUCAGGUUUGUCGGGGAAGCCAGUCACCCAGGUUCCCGGGCAUAGGUAUUGGACUGUGUGCUAGUGCGUGUGCAUGCACGCGCUCGUGUGUGUGUGUGUGUGUGUGUGUGUGUGAUAGGGUUUUAUAUUAUAGGUAUUGGACUGUGUGCGAGUGCGUGUGUGUGUGUGUGUGUGUGUGUGUGUGUGUGUGUGUGUGUGAGUGAUAGGGUUUUAUAUUAUAGGUAUUGGACUGUGCGUGUGCAUGUAUGCGCGUGCGUGUGUGUGUGUGUGUGUGUGUGUGUGUGUGUGUGUGUGUGAGUGAUAGGGCUUUAAAUUAUAGGUAUUGGACUGUGCGUGUGUGUGUGUGUGUGUGUGAGUGAUAGGGUUUUAUAUUAUAGGUAUUGGACUGUACAUGUGUGCCUGCCUGUGUGCGUGUAUGUGUGUGUGUGUGUGUGUGAUAGGGUUUUAUAUUAUAGGUAUUGGACUGUAUGCGCGUGCAUGCGUGCGUGUGUGUGUGUGUGUGUGUGUGUGUGUAUGUGUGUGUGAGAGAGAGAUAGGGUUUUAUAGGUAUUGGACUGUGUGCAUGUGUGCGUGUGUGUGUGUGUGUGUGUGUGUGUGUGUGUGUGUGUGUGUGUGAGAUAGGGUUUUAUAUUAUAGGUAUUGGACUGUACAUGUGUGCCUGCCUGUGUGCGUGUAUGUAUGUCUGUUUAUGUCUGUGUGUGUGUGUGAUAGGGUUUUAUAUUAUAGGUACUGGACUGUGUGCGCGUGCAUGCGUGUGUGUGUGUGUGUGUGUGUGUGUGUGUGUGAUAGGGUUUUAUAUUAUAGGUAUUGGACUGUGUGCGUGUGCAUGCGUGUGUGUGUGUGUGUGUGUGUGAUAGGGUUUUAUAUUAUAGGUAUUGGAGUGUGUGCGCGUGUGUGUGUGAGAUAGGGUUUUCUAUUAUAGGUAUUGGACUGUGCGUGCGUGCGUGUGUGUGUGUGUGUGUGUGUGUGUGUGUGUAUGUGUGAGUGAGUUUUGUACAGAUGUGUGUGCAAUGCAUGGAUACCCUAUGGCACUUGCCAGGGUUUCUAGAGACUCAGCUGCCAGGAACAUUAGCAGCGGGUUAAUUUUUGGGUUUCCUCACCAUUGUCACGUAAGGUCAACCAGUACCCAAACCCGAAGUUCUGUGUAACAAUGUGUGAUCUCUGUAGUAAGGUCCGUGUUGAGGAAGCUACUCUCCCGUGCCCUUGGCCCAGCUGGCCACAUUGGCCAAAGAGCCAGAGGUGUUGGAAUUGGGGGACCUUUGGUCGUUCUUUAAGCUGCUUCCUGCCACCUUCUCCCAAGGAUGCACACUUGUGCUCCAUCCAAAUCAUUUGGGGGUGGCGGUGGGGAGGGUGAUAUGAAUGUCACAGGAGGAGACACCUUCUGUCUUUGUUUCAAAGAAAGUGAUGUGCCAUUUGUUAAUAUACAAGAGAACUAUUGAAAAAAUAUAUUGAAAAGAGCAAUUUUAAAUUAUUUUUGGCUUAUGUUGCAAUAUUUAUUUUCUUGUAUUAGAGAAGAUUUCUUUGUAGAGAAAAAAAUGUAUUUUUCAUUACCGCAAAGACCUAUUUCUCCUUUUUGUACAUCGUCCUUGUUCGCGACCCUUAACGAGCAAUAGAAUGUUCGGCCACCCCCGUGUGGCCAGUGCCCACUGUGCCCUUGCAUGAUUGUGUUGCUGCUGCUGCUGCUGCUGCUGCAUAGCUUCCAGCCCCGUCCUGUCCUGCUCACUCACUGGGGCACCCGGAUUGCAGGCCCCCAUCAGGGUCUGUGUCUAAGGAGCCCACAGCACUCCUCGUGUGUUGGCAAAUUCAGUUAAUAAAGCAACGUUUUCUGUG